UUGUGUGACUGGCUGUGAUUGUCGUGGAGUCUCUCCGGUGUCGCUGGUGUGUCCGGUGUCAGGCUGCGGCUCUCUCGGACGGGAGCGGUCGUGAUGGUGCGUAGCGCGGUGCUGCUGCUGCUGCUGCCCGGGCUGACAGCGUGGUGCCGGGCAGAGUUUCACCCUCCUACGGUCAACAUCAACCUGGAUGAGGAUGCAGAAGUGCGCUGGAAGCCGCUUCUGACCGUCUUCGACUUGGACUACCUGAAAAAAGCUGCCGCAGAGGUCAUAGAUUCUACAAUUCCCAAAUGGGUGCAUCAUGCAGUCAUACCUAUUGUGAAGUCCUUGGAGAAGUACAUUCCUCAGCCUUAUGCCGGGGAGAUCCGCGGCUUAGCAUCACACAUGGGAGGAAGUCUGGCCGAUACGGUCAUGCUCAACUUUGCCUAUGAAGUGUCUGCAUUUUGCACUAGCAUCAUAGCUCAGGACAAAGAUGGCCUCCUGUACCAUGGCAGGAAUCUUGAUUAUCCACAUCCUGUUCUGAGGAAUAUGACUGUCAACGUAGUGUUCCUCAAGAAUGGAAAGGUGGCAUACACUGGAACAACAUUUGCUGGCUACGUUGGCUUGUGGACUGGACAGAGCCCUCAUAAGUUCACUAUCUCAGGUGACCAGCGAGGCACCGAACAUUGGUGGAACUGGUGGAAGAAUUUUGUGUCUGCUUUCCUGUAUCGGAGAUCUCCAGUCAGCUGGCUGUUCAGGGAGACACUGGAGGAAGCAAAGGACUUUCAGGAUGCAGUGAUGCGUUUGUCAAAAACUCCCCUCAUCGCUGAGGUGUAUUACAUCGUGGGCGGGGUGCGUGCAGGGGAAGGUGUCGUGAUCACCAGAGAUCGAGAAGGCCCCGCCGAUAUCUGGCCACUCGACCCUGUGAAUGGAAAUUGGUACAGAGUGGAGACGAACUUUGACCACUGGCUUCCUCCUCCAGCCAGAGAUCAUCGAAGAGAGGCAGCCAACAAAGCACUAAAUGCUACGGGCCAAGAUCACAUCAACAUGGAGACCCUCUAUCAGGUUCUGUCGCUGCCUCCAGUGUGUAAUAGCAUUACUGUGUACACGACGCUAAUGAGUGCAGCAGCCCCCGAGAAGUACAGCACACUUGUCAGGCCACAGGGCUGCGAAGAACAACUGACAGACACGAAGCACUAAACAGCGCACAGAUUUCUCCUGCUCGUUGUUUGAACUUCACACAAUGGUUUUACACGGAUUCAUGACCAUGUGGAAAUUGUGGAAUUAAUGAGAUUUACAAGGGAAUUAGAAAGUUUUUGGGAUAGCGGUGCUUCUAUGACAAGAAAAUGUGUUAUAAUAAUUUUUAUCAUGUACCUGCAAUUUGCAUUUUAAGCUCAGUAAAUGUUUUGAUUACCUAAGAGACUCAGCUGUAAUCUGACUAAUUCAUAUCACUAUCACUUUGUAAAUAUGAGUCAUUAAAUCUUACUUGAGAGUUGAUGUUAUGGUUCCAGGUGCCUGUGUGCUUUUAUUGUGGUAGACUCUUUGAAGUCUCUGAGAGGAGCUCCAGAUCCCACCUGUCUGUCAUCUCAGCUGGUUGGUCUGGAGCUCCGGUCCUGCACUCCAGCCCCGCUUCCUCUCGCAGUCAGGACAGCUGGGAUUUAACAUGACCAGAUUGCCUUUGUGCCUCUCAUGUCUUUUGUGCUUUGUGGUAAUAGAUAGCUCCUGCUAACAGCUCUGUGACUGAGUUCGAUGUUACUCGUCUUCUGUGUUUUUUGUAGCCGAUGAAAAAUGGUUACUCACUCUGAGGCACUUGUAUGUUUGACUCAUUCUUUGCACCUUGCACAUGUUUCUUAAUUGCUUUUGUUAGCCAUGAAUGUUACUACCUUGGCUUUAAGUUUGGCUAAGGAGUUUAGUCUUUUUCUAUUUUGUUUUAUCUAGAUUGAAACUGUUUUUAUUUGGUAUGUUGAUUUUGUAAUACCCACCAGCACUGUUUCUUUGCAGUUUUAUCUCCUUUCUUUUAUAAUCAUGUCACUGAGCAAUAAAUGACUUUAUCAAAUCAAGAA